UUGUAAUUGAUAUGUCGAUUCGUAGUCAUGUUUCCAUUAUUUUUUCGAAAUAUGUUUUCUCAUUAUUAAUUCCAAUUUCCAAGAAUAUAAUAAAUAUCAGUUAAUAUCACCAGAACAGGAUAAAAGCCAGAAUGCCGAAAAAAUUCGCGGGAGAAAACAGCAAAGCUGUCGCUGCACGGCAACGCAAAGAGAAUGCGAAACAGGAGAAAGAUCAGAAACUCAAGAAAAUGAUAGAGGAUGCAGAAUGGGAGGACAACGAUGACAAAUUAAAGAAAAAGCAGCAAAAAAAGGAAGAUCAAGAAAGAAAACGUGUAGAACAGCUACAAAAGAAGGCAGAGGCAAAGGCUCUAUUAGAAAAGGAAAUGGAAUCAUUGAAAGGCACUGUGAAAAAUGCACCACCACCACCAAAAAUUACUCGGGCACAGAUAUCACAAUUAAAGGAAAAGACUAUAAAAGCUGAACCACCAAAACCAGUGCCAUCACGGGUUGUCAUUGAAGAAGUUCCUUUGGAAGAAAAUCUUAAUAGAAUACAACUUGAUGGUGAAUUGGCACAGUCUGUGGAUGAAGCUAUAUCUAUACUCAGUGAUAAAUCAGACAUGGAUAGACAUCCUGAGAAACGACAGAAGGCUGCAUAUACAGCUUUUGAAGAAAUAAAUUUACCAAGAAUUAAAGCGGAGAAUCCUACUCUUAGGCUGUCUCAACUGAAACAGAUGCUUAGGAAAGAAUGGCUCAAAUCACCACAGAAUCCUGUUAAUCAGAUGUGAUCUUAGUUGUUUAAAAAUUUGUAACUUAUUUACUAACAUGAUUUAAUUAUAUGUUUAUGUUGAACUCAUCAA